GGCUGCUGGUAGAUCUGGCAAAGAGAGGGAGAAAACGACAGAAGUACUGUAAAACAGGGCUUUCCCCGCGGUUAUCAGCUCUCAAAGUGAUAACGGCCCGUCUACAACAAUAGAUACAGGCACAGCCAUCUCACCAAACCGGACUAACCUCUUGUGGAAGAAGGAAUAUAACAUGACCAGAUUAAACGGAUAAAACCAGCCACUCUUCAACACCCAGAUUCAUAUGUCAAAACCGCCAUGUACGGUAGUGCCCGAUCCGUGGGCAAAGUGGAGGGCAACCACAGUGGUGGGAGCAAUCAGAGUCCCGGCCGCUCGCCCCAUCUCCCUCGCUCGCCCCAUCUGGGCCACCGCCGCACCAACAGCACAGGGGGCAGUGGAGCCGGCGCGGGAGGUCCAGGUGGUAAAACCCUUUCCAUGGAGAACAUCCAGUCUUUCAACGCUGCCUAUGCCACAUCCGGCCCCAUGUACCUGAGUGACAACGAGGUGGUGGCGUCCGGCCCGGACCUGCCGAAGAGCACCAUGACGCUGGGCCGCUCGGGAGGACGGGUGCCGUACGGCGUCCGCACGACCGUCAUGGGAUCCAGCCCGAAUAUCUCCACCGGGGCUCCCGGCUCCAUUUCCACCGAUGCUAUCGCUUUCGGAGACCACCAUAUGCCUUCCACCCUUGCGUCCACUGUGCCUCAUUCGCUGCGCCAGGCGCGGGACAACACCAUCAUGGACCUGCAGGCCCAGCUCAAGGAGGUGCUUAGGGAGAACGAGCUUCUGCGGAAGGAGGUGGAUGUGAAGGAGAGCAAACUCAGCUCUUCCAUGAACUCCAUUAAGACCUUCUGGAGCCCUGAGCUGAAAAAAGAGCGUGCCCUGCGCAAGGACGAGGUGUCGAAGAUCACUGUGUGGAAAGAGCAGUACAGAGUCGUCCAGGAGGAGAACCAGCAUAUCCAGAUGACCAUCCAGGCCCUCCAGGACGAGCUGGGGAUCCAGAGAGAUCUGAACCAGCUGUUCCAGCAGGACUCCAGCGUUCGUCCUGGCGAGCCCCUGACCGCCGAGCUGACUGAGGAGAACUUCCAGCGGCUGCACGGUGAGCAUGAGCGGCAGGCCAAGGAACUCUUCCUCCUGAGGAAGACUCUGGAGGAGAUGGAGCUGCGAAUCGACACGCAGAAACAGACACUGUGCGCCCGAGACGAGUCCAUCAAGAAGCUCCUGGAGAUGCUGCAGAGCAAAGGGCUGUCGGCCAAGGCCAACGAGGAGGACCACGAGCGGACACGUAGGCUGGCCGAUGCCGAGAUGCAUAUCCAUCACCUGGAAAGCCUUUUGGAGCAGAGAGAGAAGGAAAUGGUCUUGCUGAGGGAGGAUCUCCACCGACGAUUUGAGGGAGCUCCAGAAUCUGCCAAAACCAAGGCCCUGCAGACUGUCAUUGAGAUGAAGGAUUCUAAGAUCAGUUCUCUGGAGCGCAGUCUGAGGGACCUGGAGGACGAGAUACAGAUGCUCAAGUCAAACGGGGCUCUCAGCACAGAGGAGAGAGAGGAGGAGAUGAAACAAAUGGAGGUCUACCGCAGUCACUCCAAGUUCAUGAAGAAUAAGGUAGAGCAACUGAAGGACGAACUGGCACAGAGCGAAGCUCAGGGCGAGGAGCUGAAAAAGCAGGCGGCUGAGCUGCAGCAAGAGGUCUCUGCUAUUGACCAGGUGAAGCAGGAUCUCUCCAGGAAGGACACUGAGCUCUUGGGCCUGCAGACUAAACUGGAGACGCUCACCAAUCAGUUUUCUGACAGCAAACAGCACAUUGAUGUACUCAAAGAGUCUCUCUUUGCCAAGGAACAGCGUGCUGCCAUCUUGCAGACUGAGGUCGAUGCUCUGCGUUUACGUCUGGAGGAGAAGGAGGCUACGCUUAAUAAAAAGAGCAAGCAGAAUCAGGAAAUGUCAGAGGAGAAGGGCACACUGAAUGGAGAAAUUCACGACCUCAAAGACAUGCUUGACGUCAAGGAACGCAAGGUCAACGUGCUGCAGAAGAAGAUUGAGAACCUGCAGGAGCAGCUGAAGGAUAAGGAGAAGCAGAUGACCAGCCUGAAGGAGCGCGUCAAAUCCCUGCAGGCAGACACUUCAAACACGGACACGGCCCUCACCACGCUGGAGGAGGCCCUGGCUGAGAAGGAGCGUAUUAUCGAGCGUCUUAAGGAACAGAGGGAUAGAGACGAGAGAGAGAAGAGCGAAGAACUGGACAGCAGCAAGAAAGAGCUCAAAGAGCUGAAAGAGAAAGUCAGCUUACUGCAGGGAGAGCUGUCCGAUCGUGAGGCCUCUCUAUUGGACCUGAAGGAGCACGCCUCGUCCCUGGCCUCCUCUGGACUGAAGAAGGACUCCAAGCUGAAGAGUCUCGAAAUCGCUCUUGAGCAGAAGAAAGAGGAAUGCACCAAAUUUGAUAGUCAACUCAAGAAGCGCUCUGAGCUCAUGUCAGGCCAUCCCUUCAAUCUUGCUCAGUCUGUCGCGGUUGAGACUCAGGCAAAUGCAGGACUGUCGGAGCGCAUUGCCACACUCGAGCAGGAGGUGGCGCAUUACAAGGAGGAUGCUGGAAAGGCACAGGCCGAGGUGGACCGGCUCCUGGAAAUCCUCCGAGAGAUGGAGAAUGAGAAGAACGACAAGGAUUGCAAGAUCAGCGAGCUGGAGAGUCUGCUUUCAAGGCAAAUGAAAGACCAAAGCAAGAAGUUUGCCAACCUGAAGCACAAAGAGCAGGUGGAGAAGAACAAGAAUGCUCAGUUGAUGGAAGAGGCUCGUAAGCGAGAGGAUAACAUCAACGAGAGUUCUCAACAUAUCAAGGAUUCUCUGCAGCAGAAGGACGAGCGCAUCGAGGAGCUGGAGGAGGCCUUGCGUGAGAGCGUUCAGAUCACGACUGAGAGAGAAAUGGUGUUGGCACAAGAGGAAUCUGCUCGUGCAAACGCUGAGAAACAGAUGGAGGAGCUGUUGGCCGCCAUGGAAAAGGUGAAGCAAGAGUUGGAGUCCAUGAAGGCCAAGCUGUCGUCCACCCAGCAGUCCCUGGCGGAGAAGGAGGCUCACCUGACCACACUGAGGGCAGAGCGCAGAAAGCACCUGGAGGAAGUGCUGGAAAUGAAGCAGGAGGCGCUGUUGGCAGCCAUCAGCGAGAAGGACGCCAACAUCGCUCUUCUAGAGCUGUCGUCCUCAAAAAAGAAGACGACUCAAGAUGAAGUGGCUCUGCUGAAGAGGGAGAAAGACCGGCUGGUACAUCAGCUCAAACAGCAGACGCAGAACCGCAUGAAGUUAAUGGCUGAUAACUAUGAGGAUGACCAACUCAAGGCCUCCAAUUCUGACCAGACCAAUCACAAACCCUCUCCAGAUCAGAUUAUCCCCCCACUCAUAGACCUCAAUCAGAACCGCAGUAAGCUGAAACUGUACAUCGGCCACCUCACAGCCCUGUGCCACGAGAGAGACCCCCACAUCCUGCAGGACCUGGCCCCGCCCUCCGCAUACCACUGCAGCCAACAGGACGCCUGGGAGGAGGAGCUUCAAAAGAUGAGCCCCGAACAGCUGGAAUCCGAGCUGGAGCAGUGUGAACGAGAGAGUGCCGAACUGCAGGAAUACGCAAACGCCGUCCUGCAACAGAUUGCCGAUCACUGUCCGGACAUCCUGGAGCAGAGGAGGCUCUUCGUGUUUCCAUUUCUUGGACGAGAAAGGAUGGAUGUGAGAAUGAACCAAGGACACCUACUUUUGGCAGUGACCCUCAUCGUCUGCAACUCUCGGCUGCUGGUGGUCGCCACCUCAUGGUGGUCAUUAGCCAUGAACCCCAUCCAGAGACCGGAGAUGUACAUCAUUGGGGCACAGCCUCUGUGCAGCCAGCUGACAGGCCUGUCUCAGGGUCAGAGGAAGCUCUGCCAACUCUAUCAGGACCAUAUGGUUUAUAUCGGAGAGGGCGCAAAGACGGGCAUCAAGGAGUGUCAGUAUCAGUUCAAGCAGAGGCGAUGGAACUGUAGCACGGUGGACAACACAUCCGUGUUCGGCCGAGUCAUGCAGAUAGGCAGCAGAGAAACAGCUUUUACUUACGCCAUCAGCGCAGCGGGUGUUGUGAAUGCAGUGAGUCGGGCGUGCCGUGAGGGUGAGCUUUCCACCUGCGGCUGCAGCCGAGCGGCUCGUCCCAAAGACCUCCCGAGAGACUGGCUAUGGGGCGGCUGUGGGGACAAUGUCAACUAUGGCUACCGUUUCGCGCGGGAGUUUGUUGACGCCCGUGAACGAGAGAAAAACUACCCGCGUGGAUCUGUCGAACAUGCACGCACGCUUAUGAACCUACAGAACAAUGAAGCCGGGAGAAUGGCAGUGUACAGCCUGGCCAAUGUUGCAUGCAAGUGUCACGGAGUCUCCGGCUCGUGCAGCCUGAAAACCUGUUGGCUCCAGCUGGCUGACUUCCGUCGUGUGGGAGAGUUCCUGAAAGAAAAAUACGACAGCGGCGCCGCCAUGCGCAUCAACCGACGAGGCAAGCUGGAGCUGGUCAACAACCGCUUUAACCCCCCGACGAGUGAGGACCUGGUGUACAUCGACCCCAGCCCGGACUACUGCCUGCGUAACGAGACCACCGGCUCUCUGGGCACCCAGGGGCGCCUGUGCAACAAGACCUCGGAGGGCAUGGACGGCUGCGAGCUCAUGUGCUGCGGUCGUGGUUAUGACCAGUUCAAGACCUACAAACACGAGCGCUGCCACUGCAAGUUCCACUGGUGUUGCUACGUCAAGUGCAAGCGCUGCACUUCGCUUGUAGACCAGUUCGUGUGCAAAUAGCAGCCUAGGGACGGGACAGACGCCCUGGAGAGGCACUGAGCAAUUAGCGGGAUAAAAACGGGACCCUUAACGGACCCAGAGGGGGAACUUAGAGAUAAUUAAAUGUAAAAUGAUAUAUUAAAUAGCAACAAAUUAAAGUAUAUAAAUAAUUGUACGUGUGCCAUUGAUAGUAAUUUAAUGACCUUUUCUGACUCAAGAAUCAAAAGUUGGACGUCAUUGAUGAAAAGGAGGCACCGGUGUGAUGUAUUCUGGCUCAAGCUGUUGUUCUCUUGAUAUUUGAAUCCAGAGAGGCACAAACUCUGCUUGUUCUAAAAAGAAGAGCCUACAAACUCUUCAGAGACUCUAAAAAGGUAGAGAUGCAGAAAGAGGACGGAGAACAACGGCUCAUCGCCCAUCGCCUUUUCCAGACCUUCAGUCCGCCGCUGAUUCACAAACACACUCCACCUUGCCGAUAUCAGAGCUCUUAAGAACCUUGAGUCAGAGAAUUGUGGAAUUAUUGGACAUGUGUUCCAUGAUGUCAUAAAGAUCCUUGAGAUAUGACAAGAACAGAAUGCUGCCUGUUACCUGUCACACAAGCAUUUCUGCUAAUAAACCUGGAGAGACGUGUGAAAGAUGAAACCAUGAAUGAGUAGGAACGUUUUUACCUGAAUUGGAGCAACACACACACACACAACUCCUUUUAUUCUUCCAAAAUCAUUUGAUUUGUAUCCUUCGUAUAGGCUUUCAAAAGUCUGUAAUGAACCUUUGAUGCAUUUCAGGGGCUUCCGUACAUCAUAUCUUGGAAUUACAUCUAAUCUAGAGCAGAGAAUAUUGUGUUGGUUCUGUCACUGUCUUUGUCAUUGUUGGUUGAAACGGUUCAAAGCCUCACGGUAAUGAAUGUGUGUCUGGUAAAUGAAAAUAGGGGGGAAAAAUCAAGGCUACAUAAGGACUGCAAAAACUAUUAUUGUAACCAAAUACUAGUGGUUCAGAUUAUAUUUUUAUUCAUUCUUUCUCAUUUUAUACAUCAUAUGUAUUGUUCUGAUUACUAUUUGUUGAUAAAGAAGCUUUUAACUGGGGAUUUAUAUGCUAGCAGAGAAGAUAUUACUGGCCACUGGAUGGAAGGGGCAAUCAUAGCCGAACUCUCCCACUGUCAGGCCGCGGAACAAGACAAUAAGAUCUUUUGUUCAUUCAUGAGUGUUUUGGAGGAAAACUACAGUUGUAAAUAACAGUCAGUCAGUCAUAUAUGCCAUUAACACUUACAAUCUCUUUGACAUGUCACUCCACAGUUUGUUUGCUGCCCUGUGAUCAUAUGCUUGUUGUGUGUAUUCUCCCUCAUUCAAACCAGUAAUAUUAAAAAUAUGAAUAGUGAUUAUUAUUACCUACUCUGCUGCUUUACUUUUGUUUAACACUCUGUGUUUGUUCAUGUUGCUUUGUGGAAUGACUUCAUCACAUUUAUGA